CAGAUUCCUGACUGAGCUCAGCACAGGCCUUUCCGGUCACGUGCUUGAUGGAGCGGCUCCUAGACGCGUUAUUGCUAGGCAACGCUUGCAGGAUCCUAUGCUGGAUCCCUGUAGUGUAGGAUCUGGGCGCCGCGGGCCGACAUGGACCAGUAUUGCAUCCUCGGUCGCAUCGGGGAGGGCGCCCACGGCAUCGUAUUCAAAGCCAAGCACGUAGAGACUGGCGAGAUCGUUGCCCUCAAGAAGGUGGCCCUGCGGCGGCUGGAGGAUGGCAUUCCUAACCAGGCCCUCAGAGAAAUCAAGGCUCUGCAGGAGAUCGAGGACAGUCCAUAUGUGGUGCAGCUGAAGGCGGUGUUCCCACAUGGUGCAGGCUUUGUGCUGGCUUUCGAGUUUAUGCUGUCGGACCUGGCAGAGGUGGUGCGCCAUGCCCAGAGGCCACUGGCCCCAGCACAGGUCAAGAGCUACCUGCAGAUGCUGCUCAAAGGUGUUGCAUUUUGCCAUGCCAACAACAUUGUGCAUCGGGACCUGAAGCCUGCCAACCUGCUCAUCAGCGCCUCAGGCCAGCUCAAGAUAGCUGACUUUGGCCUGGCCCGGGUCUUCUCUCCAGAUGGUGGUCGCCUCUACACACAUCAGGUGGCCACCAGGUGGUACCGAGCUCCUGAGCUCCUGUAUGGUGCGAGGCAGUAUGACCAGGGCGUUGACCUAUGGGCUGUGGGCUGCAUUAUGGGAGAGCUGUUGAAUGGGUCCCCCCUGUUCCCGGGAGAAAACGACAUUGAACAACUGUGCUGUGUGCUUCGCAUCCUGGGUACUCCCAGCCCUCGAGUCUGGCCGGAGAUCACAGAGCUGCCUGACUACAACAAGAUCUCCUUCAAGGAGCAGGCACCAGUGCCCCUGGAGGAGGUGCUGCCUGAUGCCUCUCCCCAGGCCUUAGACCUGCUGGGCCAGUUCCUCCUCUACCCUCCACGGCAGCGUAUCGCAGCCUCCCAGGCCCUUCUGCAUCAGUACUUCUUCACAGCGCCUCUGCCUGCCCAUCCAUCUGAGCUGCCAAUUCCUCAGCGCCCAGGGGGGCCUGCACCCAAGGCUCACCCAGGGCCCCCCCAUGUCCACGACUUCCACGUGGAUCGGCCUCUUGAGGAGUCACUGUUGAACCCAGAACUGAUUCGGCCCUUCAUCCCAGAGGGGUGAGAUGCUGCUCCAGUCCUUCCUACUCGCCCUAGGAGCACCUCUUCCUGAUUUGCCUCCAUGGCCUCCCCACUUACAUAUACCACACCUGGUCCUGCUCCUCAGUGUGGUUGAGUGCUGGGCUCUGGGAGGCAGAACCAUGAAGAUGUUCAUCCCAGCAGAGAAAGAGACUCACGUCCUACAGACAAAGCCUCCAGAAACUGCUAGCUGUGUCCUUCUCCAGGGCCACCCCUCAGUGGUGCCACCCAGCCUUAGAGAUGAUUCUCAGGCUCUGUCCCCUCUUCAAGGACAUUGGUACUACAGCACCACCUGGUGGAAGCACAGAGUGUAAGCUGUCUUCAUACAGGGAAUACAGCUGGCAAGUCAGACAUGUUUUAGUUUUGGUUCCACUGGGUCAGGAUUUGAGGUUCAUGUAAAAGCUCUGGGUGUUUCUGCCUGUAUUUACAUCUUGUCUGUUGCUGUUAGGGAAAGGACAAGGGUGGGCCUUGAUUCACAGGGGUCAGGUACCUAGAAGGGACCUACUGUAAGGGCUAUUUGGGUCCUCAGGCUUCUCGUGCUAGUCAUGGGACUUGAGUGCUCAUUUGUGAGCGAGGGUCCAGAAGUUGAGGCCCAGGGAUGGACAGUCCAGCUCCCAAAGCACACUUGUUGGGUGGAUUAAUCAGUGAGCCUAAGGCUGCCCUGCAGAUGUGAAAGCAGGCAUUCCUGAAAUCCAGUCAGUAAAUAAAUUCUAGCGUGACUCA